GCGAGAACCCUUCCUUUCUCUCUCUCUCUCUCAUCAUUUUGUCCUCACUUCCUGGCUCCUGCUACCCUCGCUUUGUGCCGGCUCAUAAAAAGCCCUGUUCUUUCUCCUUCUGGGCAUACCAAUAACUGCUACGUGUUUGAUUUGCCAUCGAUAUAGUAACUUCUCAUCUGACCCUCACUGAAACGCUUCUGGUCUGGUGAAAUAAUUGAAUCCCAGAAAGGAGAUCCUCUCAGCCAGUAUGUUGGAAAAUCUAUGUUUGUGUUGUGUGGUUCCCAAUUGGAAUCUUCCUUGUUCGAAGUGUGCCAUCUCCCACUACAUGCUGGAUUGCAGACUAAUGAAUGACUGAGUGUCUUCCGGGUUGACUAAUUUCCGCCAAUGUGCUUCAGCAGUUGAUGCAUAAUCUUCUUGAGCUCAUUGGUUCUUCAAGCGCUACGAUUCUUAGAGUUCACUGCUAGGAGGGCAGGAUGAUGGUUUGUCGUUAUCUUCUGAUUAUGGUUUCAAGAUUGCUUAUAUUUUCCAUGCAUUGCCAUUGCUGACACUUAGCUGUCGGGAUUAAAUUGUUAAAGAAAUGGAUCGACGUGAUACAUCAGGUUUUGUAAGUGGGGGUGGGAUGUGCUGUUUUGUGGACAGGUUGCUCUUAAUUUGUUACUAAUUUAGUCUGUUCGUUAGCCCAGAAGUCAGGUUAAGUGCUCUUUUACUAUUUUAAGGUUUGGCUCAGUGCUAACUUUGUCAAGGUUUAGAUUCAAGGUUUAUGGAUCCCAGAUUCCACAGUUCUGAUUUUGCUGUGGACCUGACCUUGAAUGCGUAUAAUAGUGUGAAGAAUCCAAUUCAAAUAGGAGUGGGAAUUCGAGAUGGUUGCGCUGAUACCACUUUGCGACUUGAUUCUCUUAGCUCUUUUGUCUCAUGUGGUAAUUUCCCAAAGGGAAUCAAAAGGAAAUGGAGCUUGAUUGAUGGACCUAUCAACCAGCUGUCUGGGUCCUCUCUGUGUUUGGGCCUGGGCCAUUCAUCCAGCUCCUCUGAGAGUAACAUGAGCUCAGCCACUGCGACCAUCUGCACUUCAACGUCUUCAACUAAAGAAACUGAUGCAGAGUCCUCUAUGGACCUAGAAUUGGAUUUCACUCUCCAUAUUGGCAAUGAAAAGUCACUGAGCCCUAGCAUCAAGUCCGCUAGCUGUCAGAAAGAACAUGCCUUUGAUAUACCGGUUAAUGUUGAUCUGGAACUGAGCCUUUCCAGUGGCCCUAGUGAAUCUGGUAUUACUAUUCUGAAUCAAUGUUUUACUUCGUCACAUGGUUCCAUGACUCUGCCAGACACUACUGUUGGAGCAAAAGUAGAUGAAGGAUCAACGUCAUCUUCUUGGAAAAGUGGGAGUCUUUUCAAUCCAUUACAGACAGAGAAUAGCUCUGAGGCUAGUCACUUUAUCAAUCAAGAUCUUGCUUCUCAUGAUCCCUGUUUGAGUCGCAUGACUAACCUAAAGAGCUCUUUAACCUGUACUUCUGGGGUGACAAAUCAGCUAGAGCAGCAGCAACGUAGUAGUAUCAAACAGUGUCAGUUCGAGGGAUGCGUGAAAGGAGCUAGAGGUGCUUCCGGCCUUUGCAUUGCCCAUGGUGGUGGCCGGAGGUGCCAGAAAUCCGGAUGCCACAAAGGAGCAGAGGGUCGAACUGCAUUCUGCAAGGCCCAUGGUGGCGGUCGUCGGUGUGAGUUCCUAGGAUGCACAAAAAGUGCUGAAGGACGUACAGAUUUCUGUAUCGCACACGGAGGUGGCCGUCGUUGCAGCCACCAGGGCUGCAGCCGUGCCGCCAGAGGGAAAUCUGGGCUGUGCAUUCGACAUGGUGGAGGCAAGAGAUGCCAAAAAGAGAACUGCACCAAGAGUGCCGAAGGCCUUUCUGGACUCUGCAUUUCACAUGGCGGUGGCAGGAGAUGUCAAUAUCCGCAAUGCUCCAAAGGGGCACAAGGAAGCACAAUGUUCUGCAAGGCGCAUGGGGGUGGUAAGCGUUGCAGCUUUGAAGGGUGUACAAAGGGUGCAGAGGGGAGCACACCCUAUUGCAAGGGCCAUGGCGGAGGAAAAAGAUGUUCCUUCCAAGGAAAUGGAGGGGUUUGCCCAAAAAGUGUGCACGGAGGGACUCUUUACUGUGUAGCACAUGGGGGCGGUAAGAGGUGUGCCGUCACUGACUGCACGAAGAGCGCAAGGGGCCGAACAGAUUUUUGUGUGCGUCAUGGUGGGGGGAAAAGAUGUAAGUUUGAAGGGUGUGGGAAAAGUGCCCAAGGAAGCACUGAAUUCUGCAAGGCACAUGGUGGGGGAAAGAGGUGUUCGUGGGGUCAACCUGGUCGUGAAUUUGGCAUAGGUGAUGGUCCUUGUAACUCACUGGCUAGGGGUAAAAUGGGGUUAUGUGCAUCACAUGGUGCUCUAGUGCAGGACAAUCGGGUACAUGGCGGGGCCAAUAUCGGUGUUGUAGUAAAUGAUACAACACCUAACAAUAAACCUGAGAAGUUGAAUGUUACUGCCACUCAUGAUGUCAUGGACGUUGACAUCAUGCAGACUGAGUCAUGUCCCUUUGGGAGCAAAUGUUUUGAUGUUAAGGAACCUAGCAGCCCAGACAGAAUUGGCGAAGGGAGGGUACAUGGCGGAGCUUUAAUGUCGCUGCUAACAAAGAAAAUGGACAUGGCGAGUCAUAAGAACUGGAUGUAACAAGCAUUUUCAGCGUAAUGAUACCUCUUUCGGUGUAAUCUCUGGUAUUUACUUGUCCAAUUGUCUAAUCAGCUAGCAAGGCUGUUUUUAGGAAAUGGGGUCUUCGUGCAGGGUCUGUCGUUUGUUACUAUCAUGGAUGAAGUGGUCUUUGGUCUUUUCGUUAGUUAGCCUUGCUCAUAUUUCCUUGUACAUAGCUUGUAUUCCGCCACCCUUUCCUCCUGUGUGAUGUGUGUACAUAUGAUAUAUCUUGUGUACCCUAAAAUAAAAGCUGUUUUACUUGAACUCUCAAUUAUCGUGGCAUUUCAUAACUUGAAUUCUGCAAUAAUAGGUUUUGAUUACUGGGCAAAAGAAGUAACGCAUCUAGGACCUCAGCCUCUGAAACGAGCAAUUUAGGGCUUGUCCACUCAUCUCUGUUUCAUUUCGUCAAAUUGCAUGUUGAAACUAGUUAUAUUACAUAUUACAUAACCCUACUAAAACUCUGAGUAAUGUCGAGUAUUUGGGCUUGAAAAGGAUUGCACAAAAAUUCGAGUUCUUCGAGUCGAAAUUUGAGUUUUUUUGGUACCCUUUUGAGUCGAGUUCGAGUUUGAAUUCCACUACUUGAUUGAGCCUGAGUUCGAGUAAUUCAAUUUUUUACAAACUCGACCUCAAGUAUAGUCUUACUCAGGCUUGACUCGCUUGAAUGCACCCAGCCACCCCUAGUACGUGUUACUUGCCACUUGCCAGAGAUACAAUGAAUGGAAGUAUUAAAUAGUAGUAAUCUUAAUGUAGAACAACAACAAAGAGUAUGAAUCAGGUCUGUUUUCCCAACAAAUCCACUUUAAUGGCGCUUAACAUUUUAAAGAAAUUAUUAUAAUCAUAACACCCUAAUUUUUAAAGAAUGUAUCAGCACCAUUCUACUCAUUCCGGUUGAGAAGGAAUUCAGGAAAGCAAUCAUGGUAUUAAGUUAUCAGUUAAUCACAUAUAGUGGCACCUCUAACAAAACUGUUUCUCAUUGAGGUCCCUUAUUCAUAAAAUUA